CGCGGCCCUCUCGGUCGCUAGGUAACCGCCGCCAGUCUGAAAGACUGCAGCAGACAGACUGAAGGACCGCGGAUCGCGACACCAUGGACCUAGUCAUCACGCAGGAGCUGGCCCGAGCCGAGAGCCACGGAGAUGCUGAUUCUCUGAAGCGAGCCUAUGAGCUAAUCAAGUCCGCCAACCUGGGGAAGUCAGAGUUUGACCCCUCAGAAAGCUUCAGUCCAGACUUGUUUGUACUCUGUGCUGAACAGGCACUCAAGAUGGGACAGCCAGAGGUGAGCAAAGACUGCAUUCAGAUGUACUUCAAGGUGAAGGGCCCAGUCACCCAGUUUCUGGGCCGGGCGCACCUGUGCAGGGCCCAGCUGUGUGCUCCGCAGUCUUCAGACAACUUGGAAGAAUUUGAAUACUGUGUGACUCAGUACAUGAAGGCUAUAAACUUUGCAAAAGGAGAACCGAGGUACUACUUCCUGGUGUACAAUGCCUCAGUACUCUACUGGCACAUGGUGAGACCAUUUCUCAAGCCUGGUUAUCACCACCUUGUGAUCCCCAGCCUCUCCCAAAUUGUCAGUGUGUUAAAUCAGACUGAGGAAGAAGACAAAGAAUGGCGGGCUGAGCUGAUGCUGGAACUUCUUGAGUGUUAUCUGCAAGCUGGAAAAAAGGAGGAAGCUGCCAAGUUUUGUUCCAGUGCAGCACCGUUUAUAAAAGCUCAUGUGCCACAGAAGUAUCGCCAGAUAUUCUCAGUUAUGGUUCGUCACGAAUUAAUGAAUGAGCUUCAGUUAAAGGAAGAAAAGGAAAAUUCCAUUAGCCUGUCAGUCUCUUUCCACAUUAAUGCACUAAAAGCGAAAUUGGAUAGAAAUGAUUUACCAGAAGAUGUCAACCAAAUUCUGGAGAAUACCUAUAAACAUUUAGGUCAUUUUAAUCACCAGUGCUUUCCUUCAAACAGAGAAGAAAAAAUGCUCUUGCUUUUUGAAUUAGCUCAUCUUUCUCUGAACUUGAAAUGCGAGGACAUAGCCUCUAACUGCCUGUCCGACCUAAAGAAAAUUGAAACACAAGAUCCUGGGAAGCUGAUUGAAAUUGAAUGUCUGGAGUGUGAAUUAGAAGUUUCAAGGCUUGAAAAUAAAAUUAGAGUCUACAUCAGAGGAGCCGUUGAGGCCCAGCUGGACAUCAUAAAGAGACUGGACAUGGCGCUGCAACGCACCAUCCGCUUGGGUGACCCCCAGGCCAUCCAAGUGGUGUGCACGGCCCAGUGGAACACCUGCCUGCCUCUCCUGCAGCACAGCCUGCGGCACCACCUGCGCAAGCCACUGACCAAUAUCGCAGAGGUCCUGGAGAAGGUGGACAGCCUCAUGACCCUGCUUCGCUGCCAAGUGCACAUGGAAAUGGCGUGCAUCGAAGAGGAUGAGGACCGCCUGGAGCCCGCCAUGGAACAUCUGCAAAAGGCUAUGAGCCUGGACAGCCUGGGUCUCUACCAGGACAAACUCAGGACAGCCUUCAACCGCCUGCGCCUGUGUACCAUGUUGUAUCAGUCUCCAGAGCACGCGGAGGAUAAGGCCAUCAUGGCCAUUGAGCAGGCAAAAAAAGUUAUGCCAAAAGACAGUGUCAGGAAGAAGCGGGCCCUCCUGGUGAAUGCGGGCCUGGCUCUGGCCCCAGACACCUUCCAGAUCGUGCUAGAUAGUGAGAACGAGGCCAAAGUUUCCGUUGGGAAAAAUAGGGGCCGGUUCAGCUACCUCUUUGCAAAGGCUCGACAUCACAUGCUCAGUGUGGACAAGGCUGCUGGGCACUUACUGCGUCUGGGAAACGAGAAAAACCAAGAGAGAAUUCAGAUUUGGACAGAGCUGGCCAAGGUUGCCCGGAAGCAAGGGGUGUGGGACGUGUGUCGAGCUGCAAGCCGCUUCUGCCUCCUGUAUGACAUCAAAGUGAAGAAGCCGGGGAAGCUGAAGGGAGGAAAGAAAAGGAAAGGUGCAGAAGGCUCAGUGCAUGAUGUCUGGAGCCAGUCCCAGGUGGUCCUGCAGAAACAGACAUCCCCCUACCUGCUACGGAAGUUUGCAGAAGUGGGGUUCAUCAAUGCUGAGGCCACUGUCCACUUGCUGCGCUCAGAAGGUGUGGAGCUGAAUGACCAUGCCAUCCCCCCUGAAGACUUGAGCCAGCACCCUGCUGGCUACAUGCCCGAGCCCCUAGAUACCAACACAGAGUGGAUCACAUACAGAACCUGGAUAGAAAACCUGUCACAUUAUGCCAUGAAUAACUGGUUACGCUCUGCGGAAAUUGGACAGGAGAUAGGUGAAGCCUGGAUUGUGCAGAAUGCUGUGGUCUAUGUCCUGAAUCACAACCACCAUCUCAUCACAGCUGGGCGGCAGAAGGAGCUCGUGGAUGCUCUGUAUCACCUCCUGAACAUCAUCAAGGCCAUUGGCCCCCAUGGAAACUCAGUCGUGUUAGCCAUGCUCUGCAAUGCCUUAGCUCGAGGCCUGAUCAUCACCUGGAUUCCCACCCAGACAUAUGAAAAGUCGAGAAAAAUUAUGAGACUACAUAUGUUUCAAGCUCCUCUGGACUCAGGAGCUACCUCUGAAAUCAAGACAGCUAUAGAGGUCUGCGAGUUUGCCCUGAACUUGACCAACGGGAACAUCCCAGAGGAGGUAGUUCCCAUCAGCGUGCGGCAGCAGCUCAUUGCCACCUGGGUGAAGGCCAAGCAGCUGCUACAGCUGCAGAUUGGGCACCGACUAGGCACGGAAGAGCAGAGCACCAAUGAGAACAUCAACUCUGUGACCAGAGUCCUUGUAGCUCUCGAGAUGUACUCGUGCAAUGGCCUGGGCCUCAUGGAGUUCACUGUGCCCUCCCUGGCCCAGCUGGUGAAAAUGGCUUCUGAAUGCAGCUGGUCAGACCCGCUGGUGGAGCUGCAGACCCUGACACGGCUGGCCCACUUUGCCUACGUGGCCCAUGACCAUGAGAUCACCAUGGCCUCCUCCGAGCAGGCCACACAGAUGGGCGUCAAGUACCUGAGGACGCUGGGUCCGGUAGAGGCCCAGCUGGUGGCGGAAAUGCUGUGCACUGCUUCAUGCAUCCAGGGCCGGAGCAUCAUAGAGAACCUGAAGGGCAGGAAGCAGCUGCGGCUGGCAGCGGCCAAGGCCUUCCUGGAGAGUGCCAGGUUUGGAGGCAUUGCAGGCCGCAGUGCGCUGGUGAUGAUGGCCACGCGGCACUACUGGAACACCUGGCUCCCGCUCCUGUCCUCAGCAGUCAACAGGAAGAAGGCCAAGGGAGCCGUUCAGAAGAUCAUCAAGAUUAUCAACAAGACAGAGGCCACAAAGGAGGAAAAAGGGCAGACACUGCUCCUGCACCAGUGGCCCACGGCAGACUUGCAGAGUGGUGGGACAGCAACUGAAGGUCAUUUCCUUCCAGACACUGAGGACGACCUUACACUCCGCGUUGCACUCUAUGGCCUGCUCUUCCAUAGCCACGCUGACCAGGAGGACUGGAUGGGAGGCCUCAGGGUGCUGGAUGAGGCUGUGCAGGUGCUGCCUCGAACUGCCCACCGCCUUUUGAUUUUCAAACAUAUGGUCAUUGUGAAGGCUAAACUUGGCCAGAACUUUACCAUGGAAAUCCAAAAGUUCAAGAAUGAAAGUGAAGACUAUUUGGCACACAUGUGGCACCGCCUGGCCUUGAACUCGAAGAAUAUCUGUGGAGAGCUGACGUGUUAUCACAACGCAAUUCAAGCAUUGCAGAAACCAGAGAGUGAGUGGCAAAAGAUUGACUAUAUCAUGGAGUUCAGUGAGUGGCUGUACCACAAGCAGUUUCCUUUUGAAGAUGUGAUCUCCCAGCUCACAUGGGCAAUUGACAUCCUGCUGGCCAUGAAACCCUCAGGAGAUGUCUCCAAGCUGGAACCUUCAUCAGAAGGGCAAUACUCACCUGUUCAGAUACCUGAGGAAGGGCCUGUUACCCAAGACAUGGACAUGCUCUCCUUGGAGCAGUUACAAAACGUGAAACAGUUGGAAACCCUGGCCCGGGCACACAUCCUACGAGCCCUGAUGGUGUCCCCCAGCUCUUCUGCCUACGAGGAUGACUGUCUCAUGGCCUACACCUUUCUCAGGCGCAUCUGGCAGAUUUCUUUGUUAACAGGAGGAAAAUUAAUUUCAGAAAGAAUUCUAGCAGCAACCAGUUCACAACUAUCAUUGUUUAAAAAAGAGAAGGAAAAAAGUAAAGAAAAGGAGAAAGAAAAAGAAAAGGAGAAGACAAAGGAGAAGGACGAGAAGCUGAAGGAAAAGGAAAAAGGGAAGGAGAAAGGGAAAGAGGAGAAGUCUCAGACUCCGGCUUCCAGCAAACAGCUUGAAGAUUUACCAACCAGCAUAGAAGAAUGGGCCUCCUAUUCUUGCCCUGAGGAAUUGUUGUCUGUAUUCAAGCAAGAUAAAAGUGACUUCACUGUGAACUCCACCAGUAUCCAGAAGCCAACAUACAGUUUAUAUUACCUGGACCACUUGGUCAAGGCCUUGCAGAAGCUGUCCCUUCAUGAGCUCACCAUCCCAGUCCUGCAGCUUGGUGCCCUCAUUGCAAACUCUGUGGUAGAAAGCAAGAGCCUUGAAGAUCUCUACCACCUUCGACUCGCCCAGGUGUGUUCCAAUCUGAGGUUGCAAGAUGCAGCCACUCAUCAUGAAGAGGUGGUUGGGGUGACAUAUAUCGGGGACAUGGAGCAAGCCAGCUGCAGAAAAGAGAUUGCACUGAAAAAAGAGAAAAACAAGGAACCCAUAUUAGAAGAUAGCUAUCCAGGGCUAACUGAGCAAGUGGCUCCUUCCCACCCAGCAGAGGUGAAGCCCCUUAUAGCACAAGACAAGAUUUUGAAGAUAAAUGAAGAGACUGGAAAGGGCUUGGAUGGCACAUCCUAUCCCCAGUUGUGGCUGCUCAAGGCAGAGAUCCUGCUGGAGAUGGACCUGUACCAGCCAGCACGGCUACUCCUGUCAGAGGCUCACCUGGCUUUCCAGGAGCUUGAUGAUCCUUGUGCGGUAUCACAAUGCCUGCUCCUUCUAGCACAGUUAGCCAACAAGGAAAACCACCAUCAACAAGCUAAGAAAAUGAUUGAGAAAGCCCAGAAACUGGGUGGAAAUGAGGAGUUUUGGUACAAUUCAACCCUGACUUUAGCAGAAGCGAUCUUGUCCACAGAAGAUGAGGGGAGAAAGGUGGUUUGCUGUCUAUUUCACAAACUCAUAGCUGCCUUUAAAGUCCUCCAGAAGGAAAGGCCUAACCGAAUGCCCAUAUUGGAAUUCAUCACCACAGAUCUGGAAGCCAGCAGGUGUGUGAGCCUUCAGAUCCAAAUUGUCCAGGACUCAGCUGACAGCGAAUUCCCUGAGUGCUUAGUUUUGCUGAAGGAGUUGGACAGUUCCCUGCUGGAAAUUGAAGAAAAGUUUAUCAACUGUGGCUACAAGGAAAACUGUGUCGAUAUAAAACUAGAGCAUGCAAAGAUAAAGAGGUUGUGUGCCAAAAUUGAGAAAGAUGAAAAGCAAAAAACUGCAUAUCGCUUGGAACUAUAUGACUUGGUCCAGAAAGCUGUGGCUGAGCAAGAAGAGAUUUUUCACAGAACUCAAGGGUUACUGUCCUUUCAAGAUUUACAGAAUGUCAACACCCCCCUGAUGCGGAGGCUGGCCCAUCUCAAACUGAGCUUUGUGGAGACUUGUCUGGACAUGCUUCAACUCACCUGGGAACAGGCACUAGAACAGCGACUGGAGCAGGGAUCCUUGGAAAAGCUGCUGGCAUACUAUCUGCAGAGCACCAGUGACUACACAACCACCGGGCUGCAAUGGCUCAUGCUGAAGAGGACCCUGGCACACACAGCACUGGCACAGCUGGGGAGCCUGCAGCCACUGUGUGUGGGCUGCGUGGAUAUCCAUGCCCAGCUCCUGGGCCUAGCUGGGAGGGCCCUCCACCUGUUAGCCAUACAGGUGGACCCCCUGCAUCCUUCCUUCCACUGGGAGGAAGGCCUGGUGGGUGCCAAGCUGAGUCUCCAAUCUCUAGACUUAGAAGCACAGGACAGGUUUGUCAAGACUGCCACCAGGGACCUGCUGGCCUUUAGUGAAGGAGCAGAGGAACGCAACAGGAAGGGUGAGAGUCUGAAGAGGAGGAUGGUGCUGUCCCAGCGAUACCUGGCCCAGGCAUCCGAGGUGCUGCUGCAGUGCCUACAGGUCGCCCUGAACAGCAGCCUCCUGGACAUUGCAGCAGCUGCCAGCCUGGAGAUGGUUGAGUGCAUUGGCACCCUGGACCCUAUGGCCACCUGUCAGUUCCUGGCACUAUCUCAGAGCUGCUCAGCAGCGGAGAUGAUGCGGGACAUUCUACUCAAGGCCACAGCCAAUACCAGCAGCUCACAGCUAGCAGCCCUGCUGCAACUCCAGCACCAGCUGAAGCUGCGCGAUAAGACUUCCACCAGCCUUUUCGCCAGAGUGGAGCAGAGGCUGGCUGCUAUUUCCAAGGCUUGGCAGAACCUCUGUGUCAGUGAGCAGCAUUUCAACAUCCUGAAUGAGAUUCCUCCCACAUUCCGAGUCAUCUUUCUGCACUACUCAAGAGACAGGUCCCAACUAUAUGGUGCUGCCUACGAGAGACCUAAGUCCCCGCCUGUAGCCAAAGGGAAGGCACUACAAGCCAGCGGCCAUUGCAAAGUGAUGCGGGUGGCUGUGAGCCCAGCUGCCUUCUCAGACCUGCUGGCCAAGGCCCAGGAGUUCUGGGAGCAGACCCAGGCCCAGGUGUACCAGGAGGACAUAGCCCAGACUCCAAGCACUGUUGCAGGUAGAUUGGGACAGGACUCAGGCUGUGCGCCCACUGAAGAGAAAAGCCCCUAUCUUCGAAGGCUCAGUAGUGUCCUGGAGCCUAUGGAGGAGUACCUGAAGCCUAUCUUCCCCCUGCUCAGCUCCCCUGACCUCAGAUUGCAGAUGCCCACAGUUGUGCCUGACACCAGUAAAUCAAAGGGCAAAGAAAAGGAAAGGAAAAUAUCCAUCUUGCCAGUUCAUCCUGAGACUGAGGACAGCGUGAUCCUGAUUGUGGACAGGCACCUUCUGGAGCUGCCACUGGAAGGCCUCUCUGUGCUCCGUGAGGGCGCCAUCUCUUCUGUGUCACGAGAAUUUUCUCUCCAGAUGCUGUGGAAUCGCCUCCAUAAAGAGGACCUAGAAGGAAGUGUGAAAAAAGAGGGCAAAAGCAAAGAUUUCAAGAAGAAAAGUCUGGCAAAGAAGGGAAUGAAGGGCUCUACGGUCCGGAUAAUCCCAUCAGACUGCAUCAUUGUCGACUCAGACAGCUUCAAGUUUGUGGUGGAUCCAUUCGAGGAGGCCCAGGGCAUAGAAAUGCUGACUCCUGUCUCCAUAAUGCGGGAAAUUUUGGAAAGAUUCCGAGAAACAUUCACUACGCAAUGGGUGGGGCAUCUGGGAAGUCAGCACUUUCCAAGCCAGGCUGAGUGGGAGCAGGUUCUGGGCAGCUGCAAAGGCUUCUUCUUCUAUGGGAUGGAGAGCUUCCUGUCGCAUAUAUUGGUGGAGAGACUGGUUGCCAUGAAUCUGCAAGAGUGCCAGAUGAUGAUCCUGCUUGACCUAAUGCGCUCCUACAAGAGCCUGCAGUGGCAGAUGAAGACCUCAGACAGCAAGAGCUUAUUACAGCAGUCCUUGAAGAAGCCCAUUGAGACAGCCAUCUUCCUGAGCCUGGUGGGGGUCCAGAGCAUCACAGCCAACCAGUGGCCCACACGAAUGCAGGACAAUGCUCUGCGGGCCAGCAUCCUGUGGGAAAACUUUCCUUUCCUAGACCUGUUAGCAGUUGGCAAGCCAAUUGGGAGGACAGUCCGUCUUCUCCAGAAGAUGGGAAGUAAUGAAAUGGUAAACCAAGAUGAGAAACCGCGAACUUCUAAGAGAAAGCUGACGUUCUUCCAGCCACAGCCCCGAAGUGAGGAGACCCUCCCCAUCGCCCUCAACUUGGUCCUGUAUGGAUUGCCACACCAAGCCAUAGGGUGACAUCCACCUGGGCUUGAUUCUGGACAGCUGCAGGUGUCAGCAUUUUCCUCCAGGGCCACUGUCAGUGCUCUGUCUCUCUGAGAACUCCUCUUCCUCGCCCUGGGGCCCUCUCCAGCUCUGGGCACAGCCCGGCCUCUGUCUCCACCUCAUGGUCCUGAACAGACAGCUGAUGUCAGGGCAAGCACCUUCUGCUACUACUCGGCUUCCUGAACAAGAAAAACUGUCAUACCACAAAUUCGUUUUUGGUUUAAGUGUUUUAGUAAACAACAAACACAAAUCUGUCGUGUGUUUUCUGGGACCCCAUGCACCAGUGAUGGAAGUCCUAGCAAUCCCACACUGAGGGGCCCCUAGCCAGCACCCUAGCCACAAACACCAGUACCUUCUUGCUCUGUCAAAACUGAAAAGAGGAUGCUGCCUGUGUGAAAGUGACCUGC